AAUCGAACAGUCACCAUGGAUAGAACUAUUCUGAUUUUGGUGUUGACAGUUCUUGUCGGAGUGUGUAGCGCUGGAAAUGGAUACAAUUAUGACAGACCUGCAAAAUCUAUCAGGCGCACGACAGUCAUCCACAAUCAGGUAGCUCCACAACAACCACGCCUAACCUAUAGCCCAGUUGCACCACAACAACGCCCCGUAGUAUAUAGGCAGAAAGCUUCUCAACAAAGUCCAGUCACUUAUAGCCAAAUUGCUCCUCAACAGAACACCGUUGCAUAUGCGCCAAUAGUUCCUCAACAAAAAACAGUUACCUACAGCCAAAUAGGUCAUCAACAACGUCCCGUCACAUACCACAAUCAAGCUUCACAGCAACCACAAAAACCUGUCUAUUCAAAUCAAAUAGACGUACAACAACUACCUUUCAUUACAAAUAAUCAAGGAGUUUCCCAACAGAGACCUACGAGCUACAUCCAAACAGCUCCUCAACAAAGCCCCAUCACGUACAACCAAAUAGCUCCUCAACAAAGUCCCAUCACGUAUAGCCAAGUAGCUCCUCAGCAAAGCCCUAUCACAUACACCCAAACAGUUCCUCAACAAAACACCAUCACAUACAAUCAAAUAGCUCCUCAACAAGUUCCCACAAUCAUCAAUCAAAUUGCUCCACAACCACAACUUCAGUACACUCAGCAAGCAGCUGCAGUUGUGCAACAGAAUCCCCAGGUGAUGAUUGUUCAGACCCCAGGAUACGAGGCUUACACCGAAGCUCUACAAAAAAUGGCCAACCAAGCCGUCGAUACUCAGACAAUUGUUUAUGUUCUCAGCAAGCAACCAGAUAUCGCAGAACUCACACGAAGAUUUGACGAAAUUAAAGCAACUGCCCGCAAAAUGCCAGAAGUAAGAUUCAUCAAGUACAAGACAGACGAUGAGGCUAUUCAAGCUCAGCAAGCAAUUCAAGCUCAAUAUGAAAGUCUACCCGGACCAUCAGAUUCAUUUGGAACACAAAUUGGAACCACUUUAGGAACCGCAGAACAAACUGGAUCUGUAAAUUAUUCUAAUGAUGCAAUUAGCAAUGUGAUAUUGCCGUUGACAACAGCGACGACGAUUGGAGUAGCAAACAAUGAAGAUGAUUCGAAUCAAAGUUUUCCGCCAUUGUUUUCAAGUGGUGUUGAUGUAGGAGCAGGAAGUUCAUAUGUGCAAUCUAGUCAAAGUGGAUAUUUUGCUUAAUUUGAGGUUAAUACGGUGAAUGGCUAAAAAAGAAGAACCAUGAAAUUUUCAAUCGACUAAAUUCUGGAUCUAUUCAUCAUUUAAUGUCUGGCUGUCUGGUCU